AUGUGCCGUGGACACCCCAAACAUCAUCGCUGUGCCCAUACCAGCGUAUCUUGGUACUAUUGUCCUUCUGCGUACCUUGAUAUGGGGACCGGUGCCGUCAGUCCUUGUGGAAACCCAAUCAUGAACGAUUCACAGCCGACAAAGGCCGCCUGCCCGCUCCAGCAUUGCCGGUUUUCCACCAAGGGUAGCAGCUGGGUGUGCUGUCAAUGCAAUCAAGGCCCGAACACGCAGGGCUGGUGCACACAAAAACUCACUACUCAACAAAUUGGACUUGAUUCCCGUGCCAGCGGUCAGCUUCAAAUGACGUGCGAUCAUGGCUGCUGUGAGAACUGCACUGGACUCAGCCCAGACGGGACUUUUGCGACUUCAUGGUCAGCAAAUUCUUCUUCUUCCUACGACAGUGCAAGCUCCCCAUCAAGCUCUUCCGAUGGAACAAACAUGUGGGUAUCUUCACCGCCGUCUUCCAACGCACUUUCCGACUCGGGCUCAGACCAUGGAAGAACCAAACACAGCAGUCGGGGCAAGAAGCACCCAACCAAGAAGCCCAGCUCAAGAAGGCACUGA